CUUUGACACUGACAGACAACAUGUUUUCGACUUGUUGACAUUGUGAAAGAGGUGUAAUGGUCUACAAAACGGUAUUUCAAAUGCACUGACAUUCUUCAAUCGCAUAUUUCCGAGCUAUAUGUGAUCACAACUAUAUGCGGGUUCAAGUCUUGUUCAACUGCUAUACCACGGUUCAAGCUUGUUCAUUACAAUCGGUGAUAUUCUUGGAACAACGAAUUGGCGUUAAGCUGUCACCUACACAGGGCUGAAAUGAUCUUGGACCAGUACAGACAGAAAGCCCAGCUGUAUAAGAAUGAUAUGUUACUGGUGCCUUUGGAAGACGACUUUAGAUAUGACAAACCUGAUGAAUGGGACAACCAGUUUAACAACUACCAGAGGCUGUUUGAUCAUAUAAAUGGUAGACCAGAGUUAAAUGCUAAGCUGCAAUUUGUUACCCUGAAGGACUUUUUCAAUGCUGUGGCACAGAGAUCUCAGCUCGAACCUGAAGACGAUUUUUUGCCCAAGGACUACCCUGUGCUGAGAGGGGAUUUCUUCACAUAUUCUGAUCGUGAUGACCACUACUGGAGCGGCUAUUUCUCCUCACGCCCCUUCCACAAAAGUCUAGACAGGAUCACGGAGUACCAUUUGAGAGCUGGAGAAAUUGUCGUCUCCUUAGCCAUGGCGUAUGUUCGUAAAUUGGUGUGAACAGUUUCCCGUCAGAACCUGUGGUGAAGAAGGUGUCUGCUUGCAGUAGUUUGGGGCUGUGCCAACAUCAUGACGGAAUUACUGGCACUGCCAAGGACUUUGUGGUGGUGGACUAUGUGAAAAAGAUGAAUACAGAAUGUCCCAUGAUUCAAUGCCAGAGAAGACAGUUCUGCGAUUGAGUAACCCAGACACAAGCAGUUUUGUUUUACAAUUCCCUGGCACAACAGAGGGAGCAGCCAGUGACAUUGUACACCAACUCUCCAUAUGUGAAGGUGAAAAACCCAGAGGGAACAGUCAUUACUUCUCAGGCAGAUGCCUUCUGGUGCCCUGACCAUGAAAUGUCAACAGACAAGUCAAAGAUAAUCUGUGACAUCAAAGGAGGACAAUGUAAAACGCCAGAUUCAGCUGAGUUUCGUCAUGUAUGGGGUAAAGAUGGCAAAGGAAAAAGCGGGGCCUACCUCUUCUUAACAGAUGGGGAGGUGCGGGUAAAGUAAAAAAAGCCCUUAACAAAUAACUAUGGCACUAACCAAAUAAAAAUGACACUAACCAAGUAACUACAUCUCCGAUUGAAUAACUAUAACAUAAUUACUGCAACCUGCGAAUGGCCGUGAGUUACCCCCAGGCUCUGCCCGGACUCAUUCCUUCAUAACGCUGGCCACCGUCGUAUAAAUGAAAUCCUUCUUCAACAUUUUCAUCUGCCUCUGUUACCAAUAUUUUGAAACAAUAUGGAGGGUACAGAAAUAAUUUGCACAGUUUUAUGAAACUUGCAUCUUAAGUGACGCAGACAAGUCAUUCAUAGCAUCAUUUUCAUAAUAAUUGUAUGCAUAAAUUCCACUUAAAAAAAAAUGGUUGUAAAGGUCGAAGAUUUACAGUAUUCUUGAGUAUGACAUAAAGCACCAAUCAAGUAAAUAGGUAAAUAAAUGACACACAUAUUCUAGUGAACUACUGUAAUUUGGGGGUUGUUCUCCAGAUUUGUGCAGUUCUUGAAUUACCUCCCCUGUUCACAACUCCUCUAUGUAGAGUCAUCCUGAAAACCAUGUCUCUGUACUGACACUUCUAAAUACACAUCA